AUGGCAAGCAUGGGCAAGCAGGGCGUCUGGACAGAGUUCUGGAGCAAGAGGAAGAACAGACCAUUUUACGUAAACGAGGUCACGGGUGAGAAGUGCUGGUCAAUACCCGAUGAAGACGAGGCGCCAGGGGCUGCCACGGAUGCUCGACCGGAGGCUCCGAGAGAGAAUGAGAGCCAGCAGGCAUCUCCUGACCUAGAGAGAUCGUCCGAGACCUCCAACGCAGACCAUGACGCUCCUCAUGCAGCUAGCGCUCCGGAUGGAGGAGCAGGGAGCCAGCAGAAUUCUGCAUUUGAGAUGGACGAUGAGCAUGCGCCGGCAGAAGACGAAGUGCUGGAAGAGCUGGGAAUUCUUGCAAAAAGCCACGAUGAGCUGGAGAAAAAGGUCAUAAAGAAGCUGGAGGAUGUCGUCAAACAAAAGGAAGCAGCGGAAAAUCAGAAGCAAGUUGAGAUGCAAACUCAAGUCAUAGAGAUGCUACAAGGCAACAUCAAAAGACUUGAAGAAAAACUGGCAAACCCAGCGUAUUCCUCAGAAUUCCAGCAAUCUGUGCUGAAGGAGCAGCUGGACGAAGUUCGAGAAAAGCUGAGAAAACAGACCCUUGCAGCCAAACAGGGCGAACAAGAUGAAAGAGAGAAGAAGCAAGACAAAGCAAAAACAAUGUUUGUCAAGGCUAUCGAAAAUGCAGAGACCGAAAGAGAUAGGAUGAUUCGAACGGGAAAGCUGACUCCCUUUGCUGGGAAGGAGGGGGCGGAGAAAGUACGGCUGCAGCACUCGCAGAUCAGCGACAACAAGAGCAGGGACAACAUGAGGUUGAGCAACUCUGCACGAGUGGAAGAGAAAGGCAGCAAGAAACCCCGCCCUCAAGACGGAUCCCGAGAGAGCAGGGGGAGAGGGGAGGACAGGGGAAGCAAAGUUCCACCCAAGCUGGAGAAGGAGGUGGAAAAGAAGAAGAAGAAGAAGGAGAGGACGAAGGCGCUGUGGACGAUGGCAGUAUCGAAGCAUUUCACAGCCGGAUCAGCGCUCUUCGAGAAUCCUCGAGAGGACUCGGACGAGGAUUGGAACCCAGAAAGCAGUUCUGAAGAGUCAGACGAAGAUGGAGAGUUGCCAGACUCUGAUGUCGAUGACUUUGGUGAUUGGUCCGGGGAGCAGGAGUUCGAGAGCUUUGAAGGAGGAUACAAGAUCCCGACACGCAUCUACUCGAGAUUGUUCGGCUACCAGCAGACAGGAGUGAAAUGGCUGUGGGAACUUCACUGUCAAGAAGCAGGAGGAAUCAUCGGUGAUGAGAUGGGGUUGGGAAAGACCAUCCAGAUCAUCGCCUUCUUAGCUGGUCUGCAUUUCAGUGGGGAACUAGGGGCAACGCUUCUGUUGGUUCCUGCAACCAUCAUGUCUCAGUGGGUGAGAGAAUUCCACAAGUGGUAUCCCCUUCUCCGAGUCGUAUUGCUUCAUGAGAGCGGGAGCAACAAACGCAAGCCUUCAUUGCUGCUCAAGGAAGUGGUCGAAGAUGGGGGCGUGUUGAUUACAACCUACGAUCAGAUGAGAAAGCAGGCGGAGAUGUUGCUUGCCCCCCAGUGGUCUUAUGUUGUCUUGGACGAGGCAAGUGGAGAUGACUGUUGGGCACGGAGGGGAUGA